ACAGGAGAGCGCGUGACGCUCGUGCCGUACGAGACGGAGCAUGUGCCCAAGUACCACAACUGGAUGAAGGACCCGUGGCUGCAAGAGAUGACGGCGUCGGAGCCGCUCUCGAUCGAGGAGGAGUUUGAGAUGCAGAGGGCCUGGAGGGACGACGCCGAGAAGUGCACGUUCAUCGUGUUGGCGCACGCGGAGGGCGAUGGCCAGCCGGGGGCUUCGUACGUCGAUGAUAGCGCGAUUGACCGCAUGGCGGGAGACGUCAACCUGUUCUUCAACGACUACGACGACCCCCACGCGUGCGAGAUGGAGAUCAUGAUCGCCGAGGACAAGUACCGUCGCAAGGGCUUCGCGGAGGAGGCGGUGAAGCUCAUGAUGGCUUACGCCACCUCCCAACUCAAGGUCACGCGGUUCUUCUGCAAGAUCAUCGAAACGAACAGCGCGUCGCUGAAGCUUUUCGAGAAGCUUGGGUACAUCAAGUACGCCUACGUUGCUGCGUUCAAGCAGGUCGAGCUGGAGUUGGUCACCAAGGAUAAACACGCGGAGCUGGUUGACGCCGUACUAAAGACUGCGAGCAUCCACUCCCCCCAAUAG